AUGGAGCCGGCGUUUGUGUGCCUCCGGGAUGAACUGGUCGCCGCGUUGAUGCAGAGCCCCUCCGAGCUGAACCAGGAAUCUUUGCAGCGGCUGGUGGAGAUGGCCUUGCCUCUCGCCAAGAAGUACCAGGAGAUCGAUGUGAAGGACAUUAUGCGGGCCAAUACCCAGGGGGAGACCAAAAAAGACCUGCGAACGAUCUCGACUGCUCUGAACAUCCUCGAGAAGUACGGCCGCAAUCUCUUGAACCCUCUCAAGCCUCGUUUCUGGCGCACCGUCAAGUUCAACAACCCCGUCUUUCGGGACACAGUCGACACCAUUCAGGGCGGACGGGAUGUUCUUCGCCUCUAUGGCUAUUCGGAAGAACAGAGCGACGGGCUCUGCUUCCCGGAGCACCUGCAGGAACCCGACACCCUCCGAGUGGCCUCCAUCACAGUGGACAUCAUGCUCCUACGAGCUGAGCUGAACCUUCUCCUUUCGGACAGUCACCCCAACCCUCAGGUUUUGCAGGAGUUGGUGCAGGAGGGGAACAGCUUACAGAGCAACCUCAUAGCUGACGUGGCUCCGGAACGCAUGCUUCUGCACCCAGCGCCGGCAUUAUCGCAUUCAGAGUACCUGCCGCCAGAUUCCUGCCUGCUUUGUGGUUUGGAGUCCCCGUCGCUGCACUGCCCUUCCUGUGCCCAGUCUCUGUGCCCGGACUGCGAUCGCCUCUUCCACAAGCACCCAUCGCGGACGCAUCACCGGCGGGUGCCCAUGAAGGAACAGGCAUGGCGGAACACGCUGCCACCCAGCCUCUCCACAGUGACCCCCGAUGCGGCAUCCUUGCGUCCGCCAAUGGAUGGAUGGCACAGCCUGCCUGCCCAGCCGCCCCUCCCCCGCCCGACCUGGUUUUGUGCUGCCUGCCAGACCCUCAACAAUGCCCGCUCUGUGCUGUGCGUGGCCUGUGACCGGCCCCGUGGCUGCAAGAUACCCGCCAGCCUCAGUUCGGAGGAGCAGCUGGCCCGUGGCCACUGGUCGUGUCAGUCGUGCACCUUCGAGAACGAGGCGUCCACGGUGCUGUGCGCGGUCUGCGAGAGGCCCCGUCUGUCUGGGAGACCUGGCACAGGCGACGCCAAACCCCUCAUGGCCUGGGAGGAGCCAAAGGAGCUGCGGCAGGAAGAGCUCCCUGGCUGGCAGUGUGAGCACUGCACCUUCUGGAACCACAUCCACGGCCGAGUGUGUGAAAUAUGCAACCGCACCAGCCAGCAAGGAGGUCGUGAACCCACUCCGCUGCUCUGGAAGCCGGGGGAGGAAAAGGCCAAGAAGGAACCAGCUGACAUCAAGGCAGACCCAAAGUGUCUGUCAAAGUCCCUCUCCCAAGAUGAGGUUGAACAUCAGCAAGAGAAACUGCGAGAGGAUGGCCAGAAGAUGGUUGCCAUGAUCAGGAAGCUGAAGCGAGUGGGUGUGGUCCCUGAGCUGGUGGCUGCCGCCGUGUCCUACUCAGGGACGGAGAUCCCUCUGGCCUGGCUGAAUCUGGAGCUCCCUGGAGUCCUGGAAGAGGUGGCUGAGACGGCCACUCAGCGAGGGGAGGAGGAGCUGGGGGGUGGACUGGGCGCCGUGACCUACCAGGAAGCCCAGACGGCCUGGAUGGAGACGGGGGACACGGACGAAGCCGUCAGCCGUUGCCUGGCUGCUCGCCGCAGCAAGGUCCGGGAGUUGAAAGCACUAGGUUUUGCGGAGCGGGGCCACGUCCUGCAGGCCCUCUACCAGAACAAAGGCGACUUGUGGCAAGCGCUGGUGCAGCUGCAGCGCCAGCGCCUGGAGCCCUUCCACCAGCGCAUGUGGGAGAGUGAAGAGCCCCCGUUCGACUUCCACAGUCCUGACCGGCAGGCUCUUUUGCGGCGUCUCUUGGCCUCCCUGUGCUUGCCCAGCUGGGGCCGAGCUGAGCUGGUCGUCUCGCUGAUGCUGGAGAAGCCGAGCGAAGGGGGCUGGGAGCUGGCUGACAUCGUGGAGGCGGUGAAGGCCUCGCCCAGCCGGGACUUCAUCAAGCGCCUUUUGAGCUGGGAGUGUGCUGUCUGUAGCUGGGCCCUGCCACGCAACAAGAUGCAGUCACUGACGUCGUGCGAAUGUACCAUCUGCCCCGAAUGCUUCGCCCAGCACUUCACCAUCGCUGUGAAAGAGAAGCACAUCACGGACUUGGUGUGCCCGGCGUGCUCCGAGCCAGAGAUCAGCGAUGAACGGGAACUCCUCAGCUACUUCUCCACCCUCGACAUCCAGCUGCGCAGCUGCCUAGACACUGAAACGUAUGAUCUCUUCCAUAAGAAGCUGACCGAGAGGGUGUUGAUGCGGGACCCCAAGUUUCAGUGGUGCACUCAUUGCUCCUUCGGAUUCAUCUACGAGUCUGAACAGCUGGAAGCGAAAUGUCCACAGUGCCGCAAAAGCUUCUGCGUCCAGUGCAAGCGGCCAUGGGAGCUGCAGCACCAAGGCCUGUCUUGCGAAGGGUUCCAGGAGUGGAAGCGGACCAACGACCCCGAAUACCAAGCCCAGGGCUUGGCUGCGUACCUGCAAGAGAACGGGAUCGCCUGUCCCAACUGCAAAUUCUCGUACGCCCUGGCCCGGGGAGGCUGCAUGCACUUCCAUUGCACCCAGUGCCGGCACCAUUUCUGCAGCGGCUGCUACAGCGUCUUCCACGCCAAGAACAAAUGCCCGCUCCCUGGCUGCUCGAUCAAGCGGGCCCUCCACGCCCACCACCCUCGCGACUGCCUCUUCUACCUGCGGGACUGGGAGGUCGUUCGCCUGCAGCGACUCUUGCAGGAUAAUGGCGUGGUGUUCAACACUGAUCCACCGGCUGGGACCCGGGCUGCCACUGGAGGUGAGUGCAUAGGGCUGAGGAUAGCGAUGGUUUCUCAACAAGGGUUGUAG